AUGUUUUAUGUCAUGCAGACCAUCACACUGCUCAGUGACCUGGCCACAGUGAUGGAAGCACAGGGCCGCUAUGAUGAAGCUUACGCCUUUGUUAGCCAAGCACUUGAUCUAGCUGAAAAGGCAGACCAUCCAGAUCACCAUAUCAUGCUCAGCAACAUGGCAACGAUUCUCCUGCAUCAAGGAGGGAUGGAACAUGUGGCGGAUGCUGAGCGGAUCUUCAGGGAGGCGCUGAUAAAGGCAGAGGAGAAGAAGGAUGCCAUAGCUGUUCAGUAUAUCCAAGAAGGACUUUCUAAACUUAUUACGUGGAAGGAGGAUAAAAGCCAAAAUAUCUGA